GAACAUGUUUUAAAAGUUUCUAUUUGAAAUCAAGUCGAAAAAAGAAAAGAUGGAACAAAAAAAGAGGAAAACUCCCUCUCCCUUCUCUGCAGGGUAUAAUGUAGACAGUUGUAAGAAGGCAGGUGACACAGCACAAGCCAAGAAGGAAGGGUUGAAUGAGGAUGGAAAUGAAUCAUUAGACAAAAAAAUUCAAACUUCCUUCUCAGAGAAACAGACUGCAGAAGAGAAGUGUUCAGAGAAGGAUGAGCUGCCGAGCAAAAGUGUCCUCAGAAGGUAUCAUGAGGUUUCCGUAGGUUCUGCCUCUCCCUCCAGCUGCCGUAAAUCUAUAAUACGUCCUUACGUCCGGCUUCCUCCUCAUCACCUCAGACAACAGAACAUCAGCUCUGCCCAGUCUGUACAUGAUACUGUCAGACAUCAAUCUCAACGGUCUCGUAAAUCAACUGGCCCCUCAUACAACCAGCUGUUCAACAGUCUGAGCCCUGUCUGCAGCAGCAAAACACAAGGUGAGGUGGGGAAAAACACAGAUGAGCUUUUACCCACAACAACAGCCCAUCAUGACCCAGACAUAGAACAAUAUGAUACGAGUCUUCCAUCUGAACCUUCACAUGAAAUGUUAGACAGCUCAUAUCUAUGGAAUGCCUCCAUUUCAGCACCAAAACGUUCCCUGAGUGUCCGUGUUCAUUACCUUCCCUACUUUUCCAAUCCAUCUAUCCGCACUCCCUUCUCUGCUGAGUACACAGGUAGUUGUAAGAAGACAGGUGACGCCCAACAGACAGUGAAGGAAGAGUUGAAUGAAUACAUAAAUGAGCCAUUCAUACAGCAUUUAGGAAGUCAAACUUCCAUCUCCGAUAAACCAACUGCAGAAAAGAAGUUUUCAGAGGAGGGUGUUUGGGAUCAGCUGCCAAACAAACGUGUUCACAGUUUGCCUCGAAUGUCUUCCUCAGCUUCUGCCUCUUCCUCCUGGAGUCUUCAUGAUGAUAGCAGGCAUAUAUCUGGGAUAGUCAAUCAAGAUAUUACCAGGGAAUUGAUACAAGCAUAUGGAAAAGCUCAUUUUCUUUCAGCUCCAUCACCAGUACCAGACCAGAUAUUGCAGCUUCCAAACAAUAAAGACACAGAAGAUGGUGGCCCCAGAUUUAGUAACUCUAGUUUUACUGUAAGUCCACAAAACAGGCCUGCAGUCCUCCAGGAAGACGAGUUGGGAGAUGACAGUGAUGUCCUGGUGGAAACAGCUGUUCCAGCUGUGAACUGCUCAGUCACAAACACCCAGCCGACUCAUCCUCCCCUCCAAACCUCCUCCAGCUGUUUGCGUCGUUCUCACAGCGUUCCCUCACUGAGUGUAACAACCUCCGCAAAGAACAAGACCUUCACCCGAUCAAAGAGCUUACCUGACCUGCUGUUCAAACCCAGCUGUGAGGAGUUCACCCCUGAUAUCACUGUUGAUGAAAACGAUGAAACCUACAGGUUCCAGUGCUCCUGCCCAGGCCUGUACCAGUGCAGUGUGACAGGCCUGCUGUUCCACAUGGAGGGAGAAGGGGACGUGGUUUACAGGAUCGUCCCCUGGAACAGGAGGCUACUGGCCCGACACCACAAGCAGCCUGCAGGACCCCUGUUUGACAUCAAAUGUCUGCAGCAGUCUGUGUGUCGGCUUCAUCUCCCACACUGUGAGAUCCGCUCCACAGGUGGAGGUGAGUUCUUGUCAGUCGCUCAUGUGAACGACGAGGGCAUCGAGUUUAUCGGCCCUCAGAAGAUCACAGAAACUCACGUUGUUAUAAACAUCACAGGGUUUUCUGGUUUCGGUAAUGUCAAGGAUGAAGACUCGCCGGCUGAGCCGGUCCGAGCGCUGGUUCUGCUGUUCUACAGGCCCCCGGCUGAUCCCGACGCUGAAUCCCUCCUCAACGUGUUGCUGCUACCGAGGAACGUGGUGCUCCGGGAUGUGCUGCGCACCAGGAAGAAAUUAGUUGGAGAUGAGAGCUACAUAGAGACGUCCCCACACUGUAAACUGCAGCCAAAGCAGGAAUACACACUGUCCACUUGUCCUGCAGAGGACUCAGUUCUAGUUCAACCAACAGAAGCAGAGUUUGACUGCGACAACUACGACAACUUCUUCCCAUCAUUCCAGGUGAUUUUAGAAACAAUGAGGAAACACGUGAAGCUGUUUCUGAGAGACACCAACAGCUCCCACAGUGUCUGGGAAAGACGAGUUUGUCUCACUGGAGUAAAAAGGUCCUGUGGGCCGAGCGCUCUGAAUCUCUCUUCAGAUAAGAGGCUGUUGGACAUACGGAGCAGCUUCAUCGAGGGGAUAUCAGGACCGGUUCUCACAAGUCUGCUGGACAAACUGUUUGAGAAAACGGUGAUAGCUGAAGCUGAGAGGGAGUCAGCGGACGAGAUGCAGAACAGAAGAGACAAAGCUGGUUUUGUUAUCGACGCAGUGAGGAAGAAAGGUGAAGCUGCUAGUUCAGAGAUGAUUGAGUUCCUCUGUGAGGCCGACCCCUUCCUCUGUGAACAUCUCGGGCUGAUCUGAAGACAAAUCAACAGGUGAUGCAGAACAUGUUGACCUGGUGGCCAGAACCUGAUCAUCCUGUAACUCCCACAAAAUACUUUUAACUGGAUCAUUCACUGUUUUGAUCUUGAGUAGUUUGCCUUGACUUAUUGCUUGAAAUGUUAAAUUACAGUUUUCCAAGUAGGUUUUUUUAUAUUUGACAAAAAUAUGGGAACCUAUUGUGAAUCCAUUGAAUGUAAAUUAAUUUAGUUUGGUUUGUUGUAAUUUCUAAUGUAACAUUUGUGGCCAAUUGUUUCUAUAAAUGAUUCUCUUCAUCAACUGUACAAUAUUUUUUAAGAACCAUAGAUAUAGAGUUUUUAAAAGUUGAAUUUAAAAAUAGUUUUUCUUACUUACUAUAUACAGUAUCUUGACUGCAGCCCCAUUUUUUAUUAUCUCUUAUCACCUGAUUCUGACAUGACUCACACUGUAUAUUCGAUUUUAGUACACUUUUGAUGUUUGUUGUUUUUUUAUUUAAUUUUUUAACAUCAAAUUUUUUUUUUUUAUUCUAUUGCUUUCUGUAAGGUCCCAAAAAGGACAAAAAGAAGAAUGUUUUUUACGUUUUUAUGGUGUUAUAAGGCUGAUUGGGCUGGGCCAACACCUGUGUAGCUCUACUGUCAGAGCUUAUUUAACCAGGACUGAUCAUUCUGUCGUUCUCUCCUCCUGGGCCGACGUCUCACUGGGUUUGUUCUGUGUCUUCCUUUUUGGUUUAUCCUCACAACACUCACAUACACAUACAUCUCAUUCAUCCGUUCACUGCUGACACAACUGAUACUCAUACUUUGUCACACCGCGUGUCUUUGAUUAUUUGACAUUACUUUUAUAAUAAAUCAUAUUAUUGGCUUGCAAACUUACUUUUGUACUCUGACUCUGCAGUCGGGUCACAUUUACUGCAGAUGAGCUGUGGUGCAAGUGAAACAACAGUUUUUAAUUUUUUUUUUAAUUAAGUGAAUAAUUGAAGGCGAAUAAUUCCCCUCCUGGAGAUCUAUACUGUCUUAUUAUAUCACACAUUAAUUUAUCUUAUCUUGUGUGUGUCAAAAUAAAUGUUUAUUUGAUGUUGUACCUUCAUCAGCCAGCUGAAUGAGCCAUUUGCUUGUGAAGUUUCUUGGUGCGUUUGAGAUGACUGCGUCUGACUUUCGCCAAUUUGAGAGGUGACUGCAGGGGCGGGGUAUAAAAACGGCGCCGUCAAGUCGGACGCAUCCUACCUGCAGCAGCUUACUGUGAGCUGAGAUCAAUGACUGAUCUUGCGGCAUUUGCAAAGAAUAAUACCACGAGACCAGAUAGCGUCAUCACGUUUUGUGUGCGAUGUCUUCUGGGACAAACCAUAUUUGGAAGUUAAACUUCCGUCAACUUCCGUCACAUUCGUCUGCGGGCUGCAUCUGGAUAUACUUGCCGGCGAGAGUCGAAGAAUAAACUCUUUUCUUCCCACUGCUUCUGCCCCCUUUCCUUUCAUCUGUCUUCAAUUACUGUCUUAAUUUUUGCUACUAGACAUUUCUACACUGUAAACUGAUAAACCAUCAUUGAUUAUGUCCCCCACCUUAAGGUUAAAUCUGAAUAUAACUGUAGUGGUGACUUUCUGUAUGUUACAGAAUUUCUAUUUAAUGUUUGGAAAAUUCUAAAUAAACUCCUUAUCGUUGUUUUUAUUUUCAAAUCAUGUAAAAUCUAGAGUAGGAGCAGGAUGUACACUGUAAAAAAUGAUUCUGUGGUCAUGUCGACAAGCAAAUGACAACGCAUUUGGGGUCAUGCAGGGGCCCCUACCUAGCGGGGGCGUAGAUCGGCUGUCCCCAUGCAACCAUGUUAUCUUUCUUAUGUGUAGAUGAAUAUUAUGGACAUGUUGAGACAUGUUGAGUUGACUGUGAAA